CUUUACGUCUGCUGGCGUCAUGACGCCUCCAGUGUUUGGUUUCCGCGCCGCGCCGCGCCGAGCAGACAUGGAAACAGCAAUCAGCGAUAGCAAAUCAGACGAACAUCAAACAGAUGAAGGGAUGGAAGGAGACAGGUCCGUGUUAAGGUCUGACAGCGGGAGUGGGGAUGAUUCCCUGGAUGGCCUCCCGAACCGUGUCCCCCGUUGUCCUUUGACCCCGUCUUUAUCUCCACAAAAACGGGCCACGAGCCAGUCCAAGACCGAGCCUCCACUGCUGAGGACGAACAAACGGACAAUCUACACUGCCGGCAGACCACCUUGGUACAACGUGACCGGGACGACAUUCAAAGAGGCCUUUGUUAUUGGUCUGUGUGGAGGAAGUGCUUCGGGUAAAACCACAGUAGCCAAUAAGAUCAUCGAAGCACUGGAUGUUCCCUGGGUGGUCCUGCUCUCCAUGGACUCUUUCUACAAGGUGUUGAAUAAAGAACAGCAGGAGCUCGCAGCCAAGAACGAGUAUAACUUUGACCACCCUGAUGCCUUCGACUUUGAGCUGCUGAUCACCGUCCUCAGAAAGCUGAAGAAAGGAAAAAGCAUCAAAGUCCCAGUUUACGACUUCACGACUCACUGCAGGCGCAAAGAAUGGAAAACGGUGUACGGGGCCAAUGUGGUCAUCUUUGAGGGCAUCCUGGCCUUUGCUAACAAGGAGCUGCUGAAGCUCCUGGACAUGAAGGUGUUUGUGGACACUGAUUCUGACAUCCGCCUGAUACGGAGGCUGAAGAGGGACAUUUCACAGCGCGGGCGGGACAUCAGCGGCAUCAUCAAACAAUACAAUAAGUUUGUAAAGCCAGCAUUCGAGCAGUACAUCGAGCCCACGGUGCAGUCAGCUGACAUUGUGGUGCCCAGAGGUGGAGAAAACUUUGUCGCUCUGGAUUUGAUUGUUCAGCACGUCCACAGUCAGCUGGAGAAGAGGAAGCUCCGCUGGGAUAUGUCAGCUCUGGCCUCAGCUCACCAGGGGCAGCCUUUACCCAAGACCCUGAGCGUGAUGGAGAGCACGCCGCAGGUCCGGGGCAUGCACACCAUCAUUAGGAACAAGGAGACGAACAGAGACGAGUUUAUCUUCUACUCCAAGAGAUUAAUGAGGCUUCUGAUCGAACAUGCCCUCUCCUUCCUGCCUCUCAAGCCGGUGUCUGUGGAGACGCCUCAGGGUGGCAUCUAUAACGGCAAGAGGCUGAGCGGUAAAAGAAUCACCGGUGUUUCCAUCCUGAGAGCAGGAGAGACGAUGGAGCAGGCCCUGAUGGCCGUGUGCAAAGACAUCCGACUGGGAAAGAUCCUCAUCCAGACCAAUCAUGACACGGGUGAACCAGAGCUUCACUACCUGCGUCUGCCCAAAGACAUCAGUGAAGACUACGUCAUCCUGAUGGACAGCACCGUGUCCACCGGAGCCGCUGCUCUCAUGGCAGUGCGAGUGCUGCUAGACCAUGACGUAGCAGAGGACAAGAUCUUCCUGUUGUCCCUGCUGAUGGCCGAGAUGGGCGUCCACUCGGUGGCCUACGCCUUCCCCAGAGUCCGCAUCAUCACCACCGCGGUGGACAAGGAGGUCAACGACCAGUUCCACAUCAUACCAGGCAUCGGUAAUUUUGGCGAUCGUUACUUUGGCACCGACGCUCCGUCAGACUUGUGUGAAAGUGACGAAGGGAUGGACUUCUGAAGCGGGACGUGUGAGAUGGUUACCAAAGCACUUAGAGACAUGAAAACGCUGAACGAGGCUCCGUCACCCCUCGCAGCUCUGAUCUGCUCCGUCAACAUCCUCCUGACCGAGGAGGUGAUGCUGUGCCAAACACUUCCUGUUCACAUGGUUAGAACGUAGAUGAGGUCUGUGAGCGCUAAGAGGAGGUUCCCAUUCAGUCCAUUCCAGUUUUCCAAGUCUUAAAGCUUCCUGCGGGACGUGAGACGUUUUCACGCCGUUGUGAUUAUUCCACUGCAGCGUCAGGCUUUGAAGGUUCAGAGCUGACGCCGACGGUUUCGAAUUCACAUUCUGUCGGUUUACUGGAAGAGCCUUAAAAUCUCUGAGUUUCUUGCAGGAGUUUUGCACAGUAAGUCUCUUAGCCUUCACAGACCUGACGUUGUAAGUGAGUCACUGUUGAGGGGAAAAGUCCAGCUGCAGGGCGAGCUGGGAAGACGCGACUAGAGCUCGGCUCAGUUUUAAUGGCAGUUUUAAACACAUGUGCUUCAGUGUUCCAUCGACCCCCCUGCUAGUUAAUCAUCUAAUCAUUUGGUUUGCACAGAGACAUAAACAGAAAAGAGUGACCCGUCUUCUACUGCAAGUCACAAGUAUUCACUGUCGCUCAUCCUGUCCUGGUCAGCGUCGUACUGUGAAUUUUAUUUCUUUUUUGAAGCUUCAGUGAGAAUCAUCGGUGUGUUGCAGCUUUGCUCUGCUGAUGUCGCUGCAGCUGUCUGUACUGUAAAAUCCUGUGACCUCAGACAAGGAUUCAUACUUGAACAAGAAGACUGACUGAUGCUUAAGGGAAAGGCUCAAAUGUUGCUGGUUAAAUUGUUUUAUCUGUGAAGUAACCGAUGCCACGCAGUCUGUGUGAAUACUCGCCAGCUUCACGAUGUUUUCUGUCUGUUGCUCAGCAGCACAACUCGUUGCGACCGGAUUGGGUGUCCACCUUGAAACUGCUGAUGCUUUAGACCUUCUGCGCUGCCCAAUCUGUGGUGUCCUUAUAGCAACAUCCAUGUCUGAAGUAGAGCAGCUUGAACAGCUUAGCGGGUGUCAUGAAUUAUCAGACUCCCUGCAGCCAAUCAGAAUCGAGACAGAUUUGUUUUGUUUUGUGUGUGUGUGAGAGACUUUUCACCAUACUCACCCAAAAGGGUCAUUGCCGAUAGUCAAAGCUUGGGACGGACAGGAGAAGCAGGGGGACGACAUUCAUGCAGUAAUUCCUUUUAUUAGUUCCGAUAGCGUUUUUCAGUUAGUUAAAAGUUAAAACUCAACUACGAAACAUUUCACUUUGCUUUGGCUGCUGAUCUACUCAACGUAUAGCCAGCAUAUGCUUUGUAUCACGUUGUCAAACCCACAGUGUAAGAAUCACUCGUUACUCGCUGAGCUUUGAGCCUGGCUAAAAGAAAACGGUCUGAUAAUCUUCUAAAGCAGGAGACCGAAUGGCACCAGGUGUUAUUCUUACAGUCCAAGGUUGUCACUUCAAGCUAAACUACAGCACUUGUUAACACGAGACGAGUGGAUUCAAAUACACCUCGUCCUGGGCUAAAAGUCUGGAUGGCAUUUCAAGUGUGAACUGGUCGUAGACGAGAGGUUUUCUAGAGACUGAAAUGUCUGCUGCUGCUGCUUGUGGCCAGUUUUUAUGUUUUUAUUUAUUUAAUGUAUUAUCAUUGGCAGGGAUUCUACAUCUUUUGUGUUACAUCACAUCACUGCCACUUAGCCAAGUUACAUAGGCAAUAUGUUAUCACACUAAAGAUAUGCAAACACAUUCACUGUCAGGGUUGUUUUCACGCUUGGGCUGCAGGUUGGAGUCUCUAAAUGCCUAAAGCUCCUUCACUGCUUCCUUUCUUACCUCCUUUAGCAAUAGGGUACAUCCUUCAUGAAAUGAAAGGAGAUGAUGCUGUCCCAUAAUUCCAUGCGGUCUCACUCUCCUCAUGAAUUUCUUCUUCACACGUUUCCUUGACCUCGUGACGUUUUCCAUUGAGGUCAAGGAAAUGACACAAGACGUAAUGUUUUGUUUUUUGUUUUAACUACGACGCUCAAUAAUCCAGCUGCCUAACCAACUUUGUACAAGUUACACGUGUAAAUGACAACACAUUAAAACAACUUGGAAAAAAAAAAGUUCA